AUGAGUCAAGGCGGUUCAGAGGAGAUCGAGCUGUCGGGGAUGUCCGGCCAGUUGUUUGAGCGAGAUGGAGGCAAAAAAGCUUACAACAAGGUGGGUGAGAACUUUGAAAAAUUAUGGGCUGAGAAAUCUAGAUUGAAGAGGAGGUCUUUUGGGGAUAGAUGUAGUAAAUUCUUCCAUUUAUCUACUAAAAUGAGAAGGGUGAAAAAUACCAUUCGCUCUUUGAAGACAGCAAAUGGGGAAGUACUUGUUGACCAAGAGCUGAUUAAAAAAUACGUGGAGGAUUAUUAUGAAAAUGUCCACAAGGUUGUGGAAGUUUCUGAGCAUGAGGAAAUUCUAAACUGCAUUCCUCGAGUUCUGGAGGAGGUGGACAUCUUCAGAUUGGAGUCAGUUCCCUGCGACUCGGAAAUCAGAGCAGUGGUGUGGGCUCUGGACCCGGACAGUGCACCAGGGCCUGACGGUUUCCCUGGUGCUUUUUUUAGAGCUUGCUGGGAGGUGAUAGGUGCAGAUGUGUGCAGUGCAGCCAGAUCUUUUUUCUCCUCAGGCCGUAUCCCUGCGGGCAUAAAUAAUUGUUUUAUUGCCCUUAUUCCUAAAGUGGAGGGUGCAGCUUCCCUUGAGAAAUUCAGGCCUCUGUGCAUGGGGAAUUUUUUCUGUAAGUUCUUAUCUAAGGUGAUGGCUCAUAGACUUGAACUGGUCCUCCCUAGAUUAAUCUCGGACGAGCAGGGCGCUUUUCAAAAAGGGAAAGUCAUCCAAGACAAUAUUUUGAUUGCUUCGGAGCUUGCAAACUUGCUUGCGGCUGCCACAAGAGGAGGUGGUUUGGGGUUGAAAAUCGACAUCCAGAAGGCGUAUGAUACUCUCUCGUGGUAUUUUAUGUUUUCAGUGCUGCUCAGAUUUGGGUUCUCGGGUCGAUGGAUCCAAUGGCUCAGAAGCUUACUCAGCUCUACGAGAAUUUUGGUGUUAGUGAAUGGAGGCCCUGUUGGAUUCUUUGGUGUCGAAUGGGGUUUGCGUCAGGGGGAUCCAAUUUUGCCUCUGCUAUUUAUUGUUGCGGAGGAGUAUGUCAGGAAUCUUAAAGCUUUCCUUAACCAGUACCAGGAGUUUUCAGGGCAAAGGAUAAACUUGGAUAAGAGCAAGCUUUUUCUGGGAUCCAUUCCCACGAGAAGACGUCAAGCUAUUGUGGAAGAGCUGCAAAUCCCGGUUUGCAAAUUCCCAACCGAAUACCUUGGAGUUGAGAUUUCUAAAGGUUGA